CAACCAUCGUCAAACUACACCAUCUCUACCUUUAUAAUAAUACACAUUCAAUCUUUAAAUUUAUAUAAUUAUCAAUGGUACCUGCCUCUCAAACAACAUCAAGAACACAUAAAAUCAACAAAGCCCAAAUAGCUAUUGGUUGUAAGAAUCAAUGGAGGAUGAGAUUAGCAAGUUCUUGAAGGUAUGGCUCACAGUAUUUGCAUCUUUAUUCUAUUGCUAUGCAAUUGGCAAGCAAUUCCCACAAGGAAAAACAAGAUUUCUUUUAUUACUCCCAAUUGUGUGUCUCUUUCUGUACCUUCCUCUACAUCUCUCCACUAUCCAUCUUGGUGGGAUGACAGCAUUUUUCAUAGCUUGGCUUGCCAAUUUUAAGCUCUUGCUCUUUGCUUUUGGUAAGGGUCCUUUAUCAUCUCAAAAUGCAUCAAUCUCGCUACCUAGUUUUCUUACUUUUGCUUGUUUACCCAUCAAAAUUCAAGAAAACCCACCUCCCAAAAAACAAAAUAAUCAAAAUCCAUCUUCUAAAAUGUCUAGAAAGGCUGAGAAAUCUCCUCUAAAUUAUGCAAUAAAAGGCAUUCUUUUAGCUAUUUUCGUACGUGUCUAUGAUUACAGCGAUCAUAUCCAUCCAAAUAUCAUAUUAUUUCUCUAUGGUCUCCACAUGUACUUCUUUCUUGAGAUUGUCCUAGCCAUGCUUGCAUACCUGGUUCGAACCAUUUUAGGAUUUCAGCUCGAGCCACCCUUCAAUGAUCCAUAUCUCUCUUCUUCAUUACAAGACUUCUGGGGUAGAAGAUGGAAUCGAAUUACCAAUGGCAUCUUACGCCCAACUGUGUAUGAGCCUACACUCAACAUCAGUACACAUGUCAUGGGUAGAGAGUGGGCCCCAAUCCCAGCUAUUUUGGCCACUUUUUUUGUCUCAGCCAUCAUGCACGAACUCAUAUUUUAUUAUAUUGGGGGCGUGAGACCCACGUGGCAGGUGACAUGGUUUUUUAUUUUUCAUGGGUUUUGUUUGGUGAUUGAAAUUGUAUUAAAGAAGGCAAUUAAAGGCAGGUGGCAGUUGCCUGAUCUAAUCUCGGGGAUUUUAGUGGUUGGUUUUAUAGUGGUGACUGGCUAUUGGCUUUUCUUUCCGCAAUUCCUCCAUCAAUGCAAGGCGGAUGUUAGAGCGCUUGAAGAAAUCGCAGCACUAGGCGCGUUUGUAAAGAAUUCCUUUCGGACAUUUUUUUGGCCCAAGAGUGCCAAGUGGGUUGAUUAGAUCAUUGUCAUAUUCUCAUACUAGGCUUUAUGUCCUGAACGCGAUGCUCUUAGUAUUAUUUUUUC